AUGACGAAUGAUGUGGAAAACCAUCAAAAAGUUCCCCUCCCUCCUCCACCUAUCGUUGAAUCAAAAAACUGUGCAAUUAACAGAGGAUGGACUCGGGAGUUGAUUAAUGUUGCAUGUGGGCUUGUAAGACAAGGAAUAGAAGAUUCAAAAGAUGAAAGUUUUUCAAGCCAUGCAAUCAAAGCUUUUAAGCUUCUUAACAAAAGCCCAUCUGCACAGGCCCUUGUGGAAUUCCUCGACAAUCAUCAAUCAAGUGUUUUUUUUUCUUCAGAGUUUGGUCUAGAUGGAAAGGGUUCUUCUACUGAUGAGAGUGAAUCAAAAUCUGAAUCCGGAAAGGGUUUCAUGGAUUAUGUGAAGGACAUCAAGCUUAAAGUUACAAUUACAGUGGUUGACAUGAUGAACAAUUUAUCUGAUACAUUUCAGACCCUUUUCGGUGGUGCACCAAAAGGAGAAUUUAGUGUGAAUCCAGAUGGAACUGCUGAAAUAUCAAUGGAGAAAACCGCCAUUGGAGCAACUCUUAUGGGUUUGGCAAUCAUGGUUAUUACUGUGGUGAUAACUAAACGUUCUUAG